GCAGACCUUGGCGGCUCCAAGGCGGAGGUCUUCGUGUCGGCAGUGCGGAAGCUGGUGGAACGCAGCAACCUCCAAUUCCAUGAGGUUGCUGGGCAGAUCCUUUUCCGGCACCGGCGCAGCUCAGUGAUUCAGGAGCGCAAGGACUUCAAGAAGGUAGCCGAGGAUGUCUCCUGGAUCUUCCGCCAAUCCAGCGACGACAAAGAAGGCGAUUCUUCGACAAAGGAGGAGGAAGGAGGCAAAGCUGGGUGGAUGGCGUCUUCGAGCAUAUGUGCGUCAAAGGUGAGCUGCGGUUCCGAGAAUGGCAGAAAGUUGUACAGCUCAUCCAGAGAAACCCCAUUCUCCGGAACCGUGUUCGCCUCUCCGAUACAGACCGGCUCUUCUACAACAUCACCCAUCGUGAUGCUGAGGUGA